AUGCGCAAAUGUUACAACAACGCGGUCGAACAUGCCGCCAUCACUGCCCUACAAUUUGAUUGUGAGGAAUUAUGGACUGACAUUCGCCCUGUGCAGCUUCGCAAAGGUCCAUCCUCCCAAACUUAUGACGAUUUAUUUUGUUUUUGCCGACACCAAGAGCAACAUCACACCAACAGCCAGCCAGUCUUUCAUUUUCUCCGCAUUGAAUCGCUGGGAGACUUAUUGAUUGACAAAGGGACCGGAUAUAUUGGGGUGCUUACCUGUAUCCCUUCCAAAGGACUCGAAUUCUCACUCUUUAAUAUCGCCAGAGCCGCAAAUUCCCCUCUCUGGGAUCGUUCACGGCUGAACAGAAAUCCUCCAAUGCAGUUUACGAGCUCCACAAAGGCAUAA